GAGCCAGCAAGGCGCGCCAAUCGCGGCGUACACCGCGCAAGAGGUAACUGAGAAAGAAAGGAGAGCGACAACUGAAAAGGGAGAGCCGCAGGGAAAGGGGGAGCCGUAGAGAAUGAGGAGCCGCGUACUCCUCCUUGCCGGUGGCGGCCCCUGUCGCCUCGGUUCCGCCGGGGCCUCGUCGGUGUCGCGCGCGCCCGUAGGGUCCACACAUGCCACCUCGGCCGCCCGCUUCGACACGUCCGGACCCUCUCUCGCUCUGGAUUAUAUGCGCGCGCCGUCGGUCUGGGAGAGAUCGAGAACCGACGACUGAUGGAAUGGGCAGGACCACACAAAUUACACGUGGCGUAAUGAAAAAGAAAGCACAAGAUCCUGAAAGUAAAAGCCAUCUUGUGCCCAGCUCAGAGGCCACCAAUUGGCACUCGGGACCAACUUCACGCAUAAACUGGCUUUGAAAGAGUCGUGUCGCUGACAGUGGGGCUGCACGCGGCAUGCCCCUUCUCUAGGAAUGACUGAAGCGGACGUUUUCAACGCCACGUUGGACGACCUUCCGUACGGCAGUGACCCCACAGGCAACCUUACGGCGCUUUUCGACAACGCCACCGGAAACCUUGCAUCGGACGAAGUUUUGGGUCCACGUUACCACAAACGAGUCCGGAUCAGCAUUAUCGUCACCAUGAUAAUCCUCUCCGUAGUCGGCAACAGCGUCGUCUGCUGCAACCUACUUGUCAAGCAUCGUCACCGUCGCGUGUCCAAGGCCAGGGUGCUCUUUCUGAACCUCGCCAUCGCCGACCUCCUGGUGGCGUGCGUGACGAUGACCUCGCAGGUAGUGUGGGAGGUGAUGGGCCGUCUGUGGAUCGCUGGCGACGUCUUCUGUCGCUUCUUCAAGUUCCUGCAGACGUUCACGCUCGUCUCCUCCACGUACAUGCUGGUGGCCAUCGCCGUGGACAGGCACAUCGCCAUCGCAACUCCGCUGGCGCCCAGCCCCGACCCGUGGAAGUUGGCCGCAGUCACGUGGGUGGCUUCGUGCAUGCCUUCGCUGCCCAACGUCUAUGUGUUCCACAGCGUCGAAGUGGCACCGGGAAAGUGCUUCUGCGCGUCCAUCUUCUACGACCGCGGCACACCACUCUACCACCGCCAGAUCUACAUGGGGUUCGUGUUCUUCAUGGUGUUUGUGGCGCCGCUCGUACUCCUGAUUGCGUUCCACACUGGAAUACUCUGGACGCUUUGGAAGCACAGCGCGACAGGCCGGAAGGUGGGCCAGCAGACUACUUCGUCGCUUCCGCGGGCAAAGGUGAAAACGUUGAAGAUGACGGCCGUGGUAUUCGGUGCCUUCCUGGUGACCAACGUGCCGUACAUGGUGCAAGAGGCCAUUCUCGCUUUCGGCAACCCCGGCAUCCUGGACGGCAAUGUGGUGGCUCUGUUCGGCGUCAUAUCUGCAUCAAACAGCGCCAUCAAUCCGUACAUCUUCCUGUACUUUCAACGGCCGCGCAAGGACGCCGGCAACGGCGGUUUCUGCCGAAGAGUGUCCCGAAUGGUGCGCGAGUCGCUCACUUGCCGCCUGCUCAACAGGGCCCACACAGAUUCGCAGGUGUCCACUGACCCGGCUGACGCUUACUCGCCGGCGCGCCUGCACACAGCGUGCAACACUGCAACGAACGGCGACGGCGCACUGACGCCCAAAGACAAGGAGAGCAAAAUGUGUUGAUCGAGCCUGUGUGCAAGAGCCUCUGUGCUGGGACUACGUGUGAAUCGUGCACUGUGUUGCUCCGCCGUAAACCCGGUCGCUACGUCGUCAAACGUGUAGUUGCGCUUUGUCGUAACGCCAGGACUUUGGCUUUGACCCGCGAGAAAUGUUCUAACGAAAAUGGUGGCAUUCGUUUUGAUAUGUGAUGUGCUCGUGCAGUGUCGUUUUACAGACCGUGUCAUAACGUGCGGGUUGCGUGGGGAGUGGCAUCACCACAAACUCUCUCGUCAUAACGCGAGAACGGCAGCCAUAGAGUACGCUGUGCCGGCGGGCUACACCCUUCAGCUGCUGGAGCGUGUUCUCAAGAAAACAGCAGUAUUAGUGCUUCAAGUUAACAGCAAGAGUAAAGCUGACUACCUGCUGUAUUUGGCAUCAGUGCGUUGCUCAACUAUAGCGAUCUGGAAGGAGUUGAACAUUGACUUUAUCACUGGGAGUUACGAACGUUGACUGAACGUGAUGGUGUUCCGAGUGUCCAUGGCUUCGUGCGAUCCCUAGCCUUGUUCUCAAUGUCAUUUAUGCUAAAACAAUUGUACAUCUCGUUUCGUUUAGCUUUAGGGACACCAGAGAAGUUACCUAAGAAAUACUCGCGCAUUUUUUGUGCACGAUAAUUAGUGGUGAAAAGAGGUGUACUGCACAACGAGAGAGUAUCCCGUGUGCACUCUGUACAAGGUGAAUGUGCACAGUGCAACAUGAAAGGCUAUAGCAAUUAAUAGAAAAUAUGCGUACUUUUUCCAGCACAUCUUAUUUGUUAAUCGAUAGCGUGACCUUCAUUUAGACUAUAAUGCUUGCGCAUGGAAGGCUUUAAGAAUAAAACUGGCACUGAAACUUUGGAGGAGCAGAGAAACCAUUUGUUCAUGCUCUUAUUUUUUUUUUUCCUUAAGGAACACGCACUCUCUCUGGGUACAAUGUGGAACGUUAUAUUCCCCAGCAUUCACUGAAUAAUACAAUUUUCAUAUAACUGCUCACGCUGAAUGCCAGAGUAUCAAUUUCCGGCCAAUUUGAUGCAGCGAGUAAUGUGGUAAGCACGCGACAUCAGGCAGGUCGCGUGAGUCAACAAAACUGUGGCAGCAGUGAGCUGCUUAACGGCCGAACCAGACCGUUUGUUGUCGAGCCUCUAAAUAUAUAAAUUCAGAGGCGUUCACAAGGUAUCUAUAUAAGUGCUUAACGGUUGCGCUUACUGAAGAACUGGCCUCUACGAUAAACAUAAGCAUACGAAGCCAGGUAUCCUUGUGACUACGAAUGAUCUCUUGGCGAUAUAAAUUUUUUUGGAAUCAGGAGAAUUUCCAGCCAGCUCGAAUGAUAGGAGUUCGAAACGAAAAUAACGUUUAUUUCCGUAGCCCCUAAGAGUCAAAUAUGGCAAAGCCUUCAGAUAACACAUGCGCUACAGUUCGCUAAAGAAUAAAAAAUGCGUGCCUGCAAUCUAUUAAAAUGGGACAUUUUCAACACAGAUCUUUGUCUGUGUUCGCAUUACCGCAAACGUAUUAAUGUGGCUAUAUUCGACCUGGCGACAUAAAAUACGCACAUGGAAAAAUGUAUGGGAAUAAAGAGAGUUCGCAUCGAUUGCAAACGAAGUAAACAUUGAACUGGGAUGACAGUCAGUAGCUAUACGGGUGAUACAGUAUAAUACCUUCUAAACAGGUAUAUCUUAAAUAUAUGGAUAAAUAGCGCGAUGCAAAAGAAUUCAAUAAAGUCUUUUUAAAUGCAAAUAAAACAUGCCGGGACGUUUGAAACGGAAACAAAAAAUCGGAUCAGGAGAAGAAACCUUGAAAGAACGGAGUGGACAUCUCUCAGAACAUAUUUCAGGAGCAGAGUAUUGGUUUCAUGCUAGUCGGUGUCUCAUAUUUCAAGAAAAAGAAUUCGCUGCGGCUUAGCUCAGCUAACCCUCGAUAUGCAAAGCGAGAGCUUGGUUUAGCUUAAGUCUUGGUUUCACUUGGUUAGCGUUUGAUUUAGCUGUAAUUAUUAUAAUUAGGUAUACAAUGAUCGUUAAGCCGGGUAUGGCGGCUGUGCCUAGGUCGGUGGCUAGACGUGACUGUGACUAGGCUUGAGUAGACACGCAUCGUUUAACGGUGCGACGCCUGUUGUGCCACAGGGAAAGCGCCAGUGCUAGACAUGCAAAGAGACGCCGCGAACAUGCGCAGCGUCGAAGCACAAACGGACAUGACGCGAACACGGUCGCUGCAUUGAUAUCGGCGGUGCGACGCCUGUCGCAUUCCGGACUCUCUCCAGGGAAGCAGCUCGCCGGGGGAUAUCCGCCGAGUGGCAAGACGCCGCUUGGCGACGACGGCUCAAAGACUCCCGCUCCCCCGCAAAGCUCAGAGGAGAGGGCCUGGCCUCGCUCUCAUCCAUGACCAAGCUCGCACUAAGUGAGCGCGGCGCCCCUAGCCAGGCGCGUGGCGAGUCACGUGGUCAGGCGGCGACCCAGCUGCGGAGAGCGCAUGCGCCAAGCCGGCGGUUACGGCGGAGCUCGGCACGGCGAGUCACGUCAUGUGUUGCCAAGGCUACGGUGCAGCUGCGGUCAAAUGAAGAUCAAAUUGCUCACGACGGUGAAACUCUGCUCCACGCGGUUAGUAAAGCUGCAUAGAACAGGUGCGCACGGAAAAUCACAUACGCGCCCGUAGUGUUGCAUGUGUUUCUCCAUCCACGUCUGUAGCGCCGUUUCCUUUCCUUGAAAUAUUUUGGGAGACACAGAAGUGUUGAAUAAUUGGAAGAGCCACAACAAAUAACCAAAUGUCACAAUUGGAGUGCACGCGCAGGAGGUAUAGGGAAAAAGGAAAAAAAUGCAGGUGUAAAAACACUACAAAUCGGGAUGGAAAAGUACAUGACAGGAACAGGGAACACAAUGCAAAGUCAUUGCGAAAUAUGAAGUGUGCUGGUUAAUUACUAAAUACAAAAUUAAAUAAUGAAAUACAGCACGGCAUGCUAAAUUGCCUACAAAGUAGAAACAGAGGAGCAAAUAUUAGAGUUGAUCUUGAAGAGUUCAUCGAAGUUGAUCGAUCUUGAAGAGUUGACACUUUCCACGGGUACAGUUGAAUCUCCAUAUGAUGCAAUGCAAGUGUUGUGAAUUGUUAUGCGCAAGUAGGAAUAAUCAGUUAGUCGCAUUAAUCAGAGAAGUGGGUACCGUGCGCCAUGGCGGCUUGACCCCACUGUCUUUGAGAGAAAGAAACAUUAGGACAAAAUAAAUUCUCGGGUGUUGCGUGCCAAAGUCACGAUAUGCCCGUAAACACGCUAUAGUGGGGGACUCCGCCACGGUUUUGACUGCCUGGGUUCCUUAGCGUGCACCCAAUGACCCCUAAAAAGGAGCUUUUGCAUUUCGCGUCCAUUCUUUUGAAGGAAGGUGUAACAGCUUCGCUGGCCUUUGAUAAAUGAUUCUGCAAAGUGACAUACGUGCCCGCUCAAUGCAACUUUGUUUAAUCUUUAUUGAGACGUUCACAGCUUUUAGUGCGUUAAUUUCCCACAUUUUUUCCAUAGUCAAGUUCUCCAAUGACCCAUCUUUCACAAAUAUGGUAAGGGCACUAAAUAUGCAAGAAUUCUUUUCAUUUUCCACUAUUUUCGCCCAUUUUAUAUUGGUUCCCAAACCGCCACGUCCAUGUUAUCGCCGGUAUCGGCCACUCCUUGCGAUGGCGGUGAAAAAAUAAUCGAAUCGAAACAAAUAAUUUCCUUAAACAAUACUUGCCUAAUGUGCUUUGCAUCAAAGUGAUUGCUGGAGAAUACUGGAAGCCAUAAUUUCCAAAGGUCCCGUCUCCUUCGGCACAAGUUUUGGCUCCAUGUUCAAUGCACCGAGUAAAUAGCGAAUGCGUAGUUAGGGCCUCGAAGAAAUUCGGAUCUACUCGUCUCCCACAUUAGCGCCCAUCACGUUCGCAACUGCAACACUUCUUUUCUAGCUUGUUUUAAGCUUUAGCACAUAAAUGCAUUGAAGCGCACCUCUCACUCUGGAGAAAAAUUUGCGCCACUUAGCAUUUGUGUUGUCCGUAAGCAAUAAUCAGCAGACUGUUAAAGCAUGAAGCAGUAAUGGAAGCAGGGUGCUAAAGGAAAAUAAAAUAAUUUUUUAACGCAUCACUGCUGGAACUUUCGCGACACGAACGGCAUCCGCAUAUCAACGUGGCUUAGCGUUAUGAACAGGAAAUCAGCGAGCGCAGAGAGCGUCCGGAAAUCAAAGAAUUUCCGCAACUAUUAUGAUGGUUAUUUUUGGGGGGAACUGGAUAAGUGCCGAAGAAUGCUAAAGCUUUUUCAAAGAAGUGAAUUAAACUGGACAUCUGCGCUAACCGCGAGUGCAUCGUCCUAACGCAAACCUUAACAAUUUGUCAUGUGUGUAGACAAUAAAGAGAAGCCUUUCCCUCAUGGUCCUCCCUCUUAAAAAAUAAAGACGUUCAAAAAAAUCCCGUUACUUUUUACUGAUUCUCGAAUCACAUACUACCUGUAUUCCUUUCAGUUUUUGCCCUUUCAGCAUUGCUUGGCAAUAUUUUUCUUUGCCAAGUGACGAGCAGUAGCCGGUGUCUCCCAAAGGCGCCAACCUCUCCUAUUACAUCAUGUCAUUAAAAGAUAUAUAUACAUAUAAUAUCGUGCGUACUGCUGAACGCUAUACAAUGCUAAUGAAAUGCCUAUUGGUUUUUUGUAACCUCAAAAGCUGCUUUUAAAAAAAUCUGCCUAAGGAAACUGUGUGACAGUCCUUUUUCUACAACUUCAGGACAGUUCAAGCGAGAGCCCUCAAGUUGAUGAUCCACAACCAAGAGGACACGCCGUCCAACAACGAAAGAAAGUAUUUCUGCGAUGAAUUAAAUAAAUAAAAUCUGAUUACAACUCGUGCUUACAACUCGACGUAUUCUGCUCUGCUUGGAUAUUUUACGGUAUGCGAGCAAUGAAACAUAAAGACGUUCCUUAAUCACAGUGUUACGUGCUUCUCCCCCGUACUAACAUUAUCUACUUUGAAACGUGGACGUUUCGGAACACGGUUUAGUUGCUCUGAAGCGCAUGUAAUGAGCUUUGUGCACGACGCAAGCCAUUUUGCAACGUUACAGCAUAAAAAUAUGGAAUGCGUAUACAUAAUUUCCAGCAUCUUGCAUAAUGUUCAGCCGGUUCAAAAAAAAAAGAAAAAAAAAGAAACAAUGCAGUUUCAGUUUAUUCUACGGCUGAUGGGAUGCAUCGAUCAAUGUCGUAUUUCGUUAAUAUUGGGCGCUAAACAAGUUUAAAAGUGAAAAUAUGAAAGCAAAUGAUAAUAUUAUGACCUUGGACAUCAGAAACAAGGCCUUCAAUACUACUGCGGAUUUUACGUUGGCCGAAGAAUAGCCCCAGGCAAAGCAAGAGAUUCCAUGCCUUCUCGGUGGGCGUAAAUCAGCACAAUAGCUCUGUAAUUUUGUUUGUGAGCGCUGAGAUAAAGUGUUCUGCGUUUUUUUUUUUUUUCAGACUGCUUUAAUGCUCUUCCUAUGAACACGGUGGAUUGCCAAGGUAAUGGAGCAAAGAUGUCCCAUUGAUACGAGUGCGCAAUGCUCGCACGCGUAUUUCGGUGUGAGAUUUAAAGAGGGUGAAGAUUAAGCUUUAACCACAUUUGUAAAUAUUCCUUAUUAACGGAUUCCACAAUAGAGUGGCCGAAGGAUUAGGCCAGGGAGUUAUGCUUUAAUUGACGCUUCUUCACCUUGCAGUGACUGCUUUCAGAGUGGAAAACGAAAAUCCUACUUUGGCCGAUAACAACCAAGCAAAUGUGUGCCCUUUCUGAUCUCGCUAGAAAUCGGCGGAAACGAAAUCAAGGUUGUUAGGUAACCUCACAAUAUACGCAAAUGAAAACACACUGACAAGUUUAUUUCAGCUCACAGCGAACCAACAC